GUUCAACAGUAGUGCCAUGGAGAUGGACGGCUAUGAAUACGAAGGCAGAGUUUCCUGUACUUUAAAAGGUACUGUGUGUCAGAGAUGGGAUACGGAUUUUCCUCACUCACUAAGCUACUACCGAGACAGGAGCGAUUACGGAAACAGCUGUAAAAUUGGGAAUGAGCAUCGUCCCUGGUGUUACACAACGGAUCCGAAUGAUAGAUGGGACUAUUGUCCAGUGGAAGACCUGGAUUGCGGAGCCCCGCCAAUCAUCUCGCCCUCAAAUACGGGAGUAAAAAUCGAAAUCAAAUGGCCGGAUAUGGGCUCCAAAGCACAGGUUCUGUACCAAUGCGAGUCCUUGAUAGCAGCCGAACCAGACCAACAUUGUCCAGUAGCACGUUGUGAAGGAGACCUCAAUUGGUCGGAAGCAAAUGUGUCUUGUUCAGUGAACGACUGUUAUGUCCACGAUGACUCGUACACAGGCCGGGUAUCCUGUACAAUUACAGGUCAUCCAUGCCAGAGAUGGGACAGUGAUGAACCACAUUCGCACUCGAUUCUCGAGGGACGAAGUGACCUUGAGAAUUGGUGUCAAAUUGAUGGAGAGGAUAAGCCUUGGUGUUACACGACCUCUACUCGUGUAAGAUGGGACUAUUGCCCAGUGAGAGAAUGUCCUUAAAUUCGGGAUCUCGAAUGAAACAAAUUAUACAAACCAUACCUGGUCGUGUUUACUGUUGCUAUAUCGCCCUUUACAUGAGUGUUGCCAUGGCACCCGUCCUCCCUGGUUGAUUGGGCGAGGUGCGGGGAAGUGAUUUUCGAUUGUUUAGUUUUUAGCUUAAAAAUAUACACGCAUGUACCACUAUCAAACCAACAGUGAAU